GCCUCCGCCCUCCGCUAUGCCCCCUCCCUCAGCGGUCGGCUCGAGCGCCGGCAGGCACCACACGCGCGAACCCUCGGGACAGCGACACCGGACACCGUCAGUCGUCUCCGUCGGGCUCGGACAUGCCCGCGAGCCCUCCGCAACAGUUUACCACACCCGCGAGUCGUCUGGCCAGCGAUACUCGCGGGAUUCGUCUCGCCGCGGCUCCGCCCAAGCCAUGCCGAUCCCCGUUGGCCGCCGUAACAGCACAUAUGGGUAUUCCUUCGGAAGACGCGAGUCCAUCGCCCUUCCUCCGCCCAUAAUCGACGACAAGUAUUGGAUCGAAGGCGACUUUGAGAUCGUGACCAGCGACAGCGUGCGAUUCCGCGUGCCAAGCUACUACUUGUUUGCGGCGAGGUAAGUUGUUCAAGUUUCAAGCCGGCAUCGCUCACCCAGUGCAAUCUUCCGUGAGGCAGACAUCCUUGACCUCGACCACGGGCGAGACGAUGUUGAGAUGCUUAAUGGUAUGGACGACAUC